AUGUCCCAGCCGAACCGCCGCCUUUGGCUCCUCCUGCUCGCCCUCCUCGCCGCCUGCCCUGGGGUCAGCAGCUGGCCGUCAUGGAUCGAGAUUCACGUCGAGCAUACUUCUGCAUCCGCGAAGCUGCGACCAGGAAACGUCACAAUCUGUGACGGGGGCACCGCCAAAUUGGCAGUGUCAGUGCAGGGCGGCACCGGCCCAUGGAAGGCAGGAUAUGUCUUGUUGGGACGAGACACCAGAAUGACUCCAAUGCAGGUCACCAUCCUGCGAGACAGCAAGUACUUCGAUAGCCUGCUCAUCAACCCUGCCGCCUUCUCCUGGUCCUCUACUACCCUUGCCACCGAGACCGUAGAGACGUCUCUUCCUGGGAAGUACACCCUGGGCAGGGUCUGCGAUGCUCAUUUCUGCAACGGCACAGUCAGUACUGCUCCCUUCGUGGUCAGCGUCGCGUCUCCUCCCACCGCACGGAUCCUCCACUCGGGCCCCAUCUGCCUGCCCCUUGUCAAGAGCUUCACUGAGAAGCUGCUUGAGCUGCAGGGAGUUCCUCCUUUCCAGGUCGAGCUCGCGCUGGUCGGGACGGACAAGACCGUCUCCGUCAAGUACCCGAGCGCCGGGAAGCAUGUCCUGCCCAACGACCUCCUCUUGCACCGGGGGCUAUGGGGCAUCGUUCAGCUGUCGGACAACAGCGGCUGCGCUGCAGAGAUGGAGAGCGUGACGUGGGUGUCAACGCUGGCCGUGCAGCAGGUCCCGACGGGAUCUCUGUCGAUCCGCAGCGAUGUGUGCGGCAACGAGGACGCGCAGCUCGAUGUGAAGCUCGACGUCGGAGUCCCGCCAUGGUCGUUCAGCCUGCUCUACCCCAAUGGGACCAUCCUGAAGGCUGCGAACCUGACGAGGAGGACGUUCAGCAUCAGCGUGGAAAACGUGGGGAGCUAUUCCCUCGUCUCCCUCAACGAUUCCGUAUGCAGCAACGCCUCCAUGCAAGCACAGAACAAGAACGUGCAGGUGUCAGCCAAGGGUGAAAUCCUCACUGGCAGGAUUUUGAACCGAACAAUCCAGACUUGUCCUGGCGUCUUUCAUGCGGUCUCGGGAGAAGUGCAAGGGAAGGGGCCAUGGUCGAUUGUUAUUCACAGGAACGGGGAAUUUUGGAGGAGGAUCGAGCAUCAUAGAGACGACUCAGGCUCUGAGAAGUCUGGACGCAGCAAUUUCACUUUCCAAGUGGAAGUUGCCGGGAAUUACAGCCUGUACUCCGUGACAGAUGCGAGGUCGUGCACAGUGAGGGGAGGAGGGCUUGUGCAGGUCGUUCUGAUGCCUGCUCCCACCCUGACCAUGACCACAACCUGCAAGCAAGACGUCGCCAGCAUGGAGUGCGCGAGAGAGGCUGACAGGCUGGACGUUUGCGUGGGAGAAGAGGUCUCUGUGCGAGCCAACCUGACCGGCGAUGGCGUCAUCACCAUAGCCAGUCCCAGCUGGAACGAGACGAAGAAGGUCAAAGUGGCAGCCCAGAACAAGUCAGGAUGGGUCGUCCACCAAGUGGACCUUUCUCGCAGCGUAGAAUUCAGCACCGGCCAGUACACCAUCACCAGCAUCACCGAUCGCACCUGCUCUCGGACGCUCUCGUACCCUCUCCUUGUCCACCCUCGCCCUGUCUUCUCGCUCCGCGGCGGCGUGACUGACGUCUGCAGCUCGACCGGUCAGGCGUCGCUGGAAGUCCGGGAGUCGAGCGGGUACGGGGGAAGGUGGACGGCGCACAUCCUGCAGCCGUCGGGGAAGGUCAUGAUGCUGAACUCUACGAAGCCAACUGCCCAGAUGUUGGUGAAAGAGCCGGGCGUGUACACGCUGGUGGAUGUGGAAGCGGGAGGCUGCAAGCCUGUCGUGGAGCAAGGAGUCGACGGGAAGCCCAAGACUGUUGCCGUGAGCCUCUUUGAGAGCCCCAAGGCCUCGAUCUCGGGAGGAGGCAGCAAGUGCUCAGCUGGAGGAGCAGCGCUUGACGUGAAGAUUCACGUGCAAGGAGGACAGCGGCCGUACAAAGUCCAGCUGGCCUUCAACGGGAAACCCCAGCAGGACUCCAAGGUGACGUCACCUGACGGUGUGCUGGUGCUUCCUGUCAGCAAGGAAGGGACGUACACCAUCUCGCACGUGCGGGACGCGCGGCAGUGUGCCGCUGCUGCCUCGGACAUCACCGGCAGUGCCAUCAUCAAGAGCUACCCGCAAGCCAUCGCAGGCUUCCAGAAGAGGACGUUGGGCUUCUGCGUGGGAGAGGCGGCGGAGGAGGUGGUUGUGUCUGUGAAGGGGAACAAGGCGCCUGCCCCUUGGAACAUGACAAUCCUCAAGGACGAGCAGUUCUACACCACCAUCUCCGUCCCCAACUCCUCGCGCGAUGGAGGUCACGUGACGUUCCGGGCGGAGGCCUCGGGGGACUACAGGAUAGCCGAAGACACCUUCACUGACAGCAGAGGCUGCCUUGGAAGGGCGCAGGGCAGCCUCAAGGUCGUCGAGUACCUCCUGCCUUCCGUCGCUGUCCGCAGCUCCAUCGCCCCCGAUACCCGCGGGCUGUGCGAAGGAGCGGCCCCUUCGCUGGAGCUGUCCGGGAGCCCACCCUGGUCAGUCACGCUGGAGGUCAAGAGGAAGGGGGCGAAGGGCCGGACCUGCACCAUCACCAACAUCCACGACCGGUCGCUGCAGCUGAGCGGGAGCUUCCUGUCGAGGCACUGCGGGACGAGCGUCAGCGACGGCUUCCUGCCAGAGGGCAACCAUGUCAUCACGAGCGUCUCCAGCGAAUGGCGCAACGAUGCGGGGGAUGUGAAGACCUGCAGCAGGAAAGACCUCUCGAUCCCCAUCCGCAUCCUCGGCUCGCCCAGUGCUUCCCUCGCGCCGCUGGUCUGCAAGCACCUCUGCAAGGGGGAGGCAGGAGGGAUGAUGGUCAACCUCACCCACGGGACGCCUCCCUUCACCGUGCAGAUCGAGGACGAGGGCAGCAACGUGCUGGAGCAGGACUUCGAGUUCGAGGUAGGAGAGUUUCGCCUCGACAAGAGCAGGAUCAUCAAGCAGCAGAUGAAGCUGCCUCAGGGGUCGGCGCAUGACAUCUCAGUGGGGUCGCACAACUGGACGAUCGUGAGCGUGAGGGAUGCCAACGGGUAA